AUGCAUGUAAUGGCACAGGUGCUGGUCGCAGUGGCCCUUCUGCUAGGGUCCGCGUGGACGGUGAACGUCAACCGCUGUUACGAGGAGUCAGAGUUGAGCAAAGCGGCCGACAGGAAGCUGGCCAGCCACUACCCGCAGCCAAAGGAGCCUCGGAUGGUGGUGGCGCAUGACAGCCCCUACGAGUGUCCCUUGGACCUAUACGUGAAUCACUGGAAUUUGGAAGACAGGUCCCUGUCUCCCUGGAGAUAUGUCCGAAGAACCAUGAAAGACCACUACCCGGACACUUACGUUGAAGCCCAGUGUCUGUGCUCCGGUUGCAUCAUGAUCAAGAACAAAGGGACCCCUGAGCUGAAUCACGACUACAACUCAGUUACAGUCAACCAGACCAGGGUGUUUCUCAAGAGGGAGCCGUGCAUUGACAGUGGGAUGUACUAUCUGAAACCUGUCUCUGUGGAGGUGUCGGUGGGCUGCACCUGCGCUGCACCCAGAAUCUACUCGUGA